AUGGACCAGUUGAUCAGCGUGAUAAACGAGCUUCAUGACGCCUUCGCCGGCGUCAAGAUGAACAUCAAGCUCAACCUCCCCCAGAUCGCUGUCGUCGGUAGUCAGAGUUGUGGCAAGAGCUCUGUGCUGGAGUCGAUCGUCGGAAAGGACUUUUUGCCGCGCGGAUCCGGCAUUGUCACACGCUGUCCCCUCGUGCUGCAGCUCGUGCAGCUGCCCAAGUCAAACAAUGAGGAGUGGGGCGAGUUCCUACACAUCCCCCAAAAGAAGUUUUAUGACUUCAACGAGAUCCAAAAUGAAAUCACACGCCGCACGAUCGAAAUGGCCGGCCCGUCCGCGAUCACGGAUAAGCCGAUCAGCCUCAAGGUUUACUCGAAGACGGUGCUGAACCUGACUCUCGUGGACUUGCCUGGUCUGGUGAUGAACGCCGUUGGCGAUCAGCCAAAGGACAUUGACCGCCAGAUCAAGGAUAUGGUGACGCGCUACGUGUCGCCCAAGAACACAAUCAUUCUGGCUAUUUCUCCUGCCAACACCGAUCUUGCCACAAGCCAGUCGCUGCGCCUGGCAAAGCAGCUGGACCCCGACGGUUUGCGCACGGUCGGUGUGCUCACAAAGAUUGACUUGAUGGACAAGGGCACGGACUGUCUUGACAUACUGCAGAACAGGGUCCUACAGCUCCGCCACGGCUUCAUCGGCGUUGUGUGCCGUAGUCAGCAGGAUAUCAACGAUCGCAAGUCAAUGGAGGGUGCCCGGCGGAGCGAGUACGAGUUCUUUGCAAACUCGCCCAUCUACUCCCCCAUCGCGGAGGAGGCUGGUACCACCUACCUUAGCAAGAAGCUGAACUUUUUGCUGCUGGAGCACAUCAAAGCCGUUAUUCCAGACCUGAAGCGCCACGUGGACCAACUGAUGGAAGCCACCAAGAAGCAGAUGGAGAAACUGGGCAUGUUUGAUCAGGACAUCACCGAGCCCACUGCACAGCUGCUGUACCUUAUCAAGCUGUUCAGCGACACGCUGAAUCAGACGAUCGAUGGUGGUAUCACGGAUGCCACGAAGGAGCUGCUUGGUGGGGCGCGUCUGGACUACAUCUUCCACGAGUGCUUCGCCACCUACGUGACCAGCCUGAGCGCCACGAAAGAUCUCACAGACGAAUACAUCCGCAUCAACACGCGCAACAUGGCCGGUAUGCACGCCACUCUGUUCCCCUCCGACCAGGUGUUUGUCGCCUUGUCAAAGCAGCAGAUCACCCGUCUCGAGGAGCCGUGCAUCAAGUGCGUCACCUUCGUCUACGAGGAGCUGAGCAAGAUCGUUGAAACCUGCGCUGGCAAGGUGGACCGCUAUCCGAACCUGAAGGAGGCUAUCAUUUCGAUUUGCAAGAAGAUGCUGCUCGACUACCGCAAACCAACCUCAACGCACGUGCGCACCAUCAUCCAAGCCGAGCGCGGCUUCAUUAACGUGAAGCAUCCUAUGAUGGACGAGUUGGCGCAGCGCGCGUUCGCGAAUAUCUACGGCACCGCGAACGGAGAGUCGUCCUCGCCGGAGAAUUCGAGAGACCCGAACGCCUCACCAGCUGGCGGCACACAGACGGAUCCAAAGCAGGGCGGAAAAGACAUCAAGAAAGGCAACAAGGAUGAAAAGAGGCCGGAUAAGUCGAAGGAUCACGCCAACGCCGACAAUGCCAUGAGCCACGGAGGCAAGUCCGUCAUGACCGAUGUGCCGUCGCGCAUUAUGCUAGGCAAAAACAUGACGACGCACGAGCAGUACAUGAACAGCGCCAUUCGCGAGAUGGUGGAGGGCUAUUUUUCGAUUGUAAAGGCCAACGUCGCCGAUCAGGUACCCAAGGCCAUUACGCUGCUAAUGAUCGCUCGCUUGCGAGAAGAGGUCUAUGCGCGCCUGGUGUCUCAGUUGUACUCGGAGAAGACGGCCAAAGCACUGCUCUCCGAGCCUCCAGGCAUUGCGACGCAGCGGAAGGCGGCCAAGGAGAUGCUCGAGGCCCUCACCAAGGCGCAGGAUGCGCUCAACAGCGUGCGCGACUACCAGCUUACCAAGGAACCGUCCUCGUCUAUACAAGCUGCCGACUAA